AUGAUAACGUUAGUAGAAACAUUAUCGACUGUUGAAUUAUCAACGGUUACUCAUCAUCGCACAUCAUCACAUAAUUAUAAUGUAAAUCUCGACAACAAUAAACAAAUAGUUGAGCAAUUGUCUGAACCAUAUAAAUUAAUUAAUUCGAUUGAAAACAACCACACAUUUGAUUUGCAUAUUCCUGGAGAAUAUCUAGAGAAAUUACUUGAAGAUCCACCUGGCAAAUUCGAGCAAAUUCGUAUUCAUGUAUAUUAUGAGAAAAAUGGUGAUUUGGAACAUAAUCAAAAUUGUUUUCAAUUGAAACAUAAUAAAAUACAAUUUUGUCUUGAACGUGAUUUGGAAAAACAAUUGCAAAAUACUGAAACUAGUAUAGCAACUAGCUCACCAAGAUCAAUUGAUAGACCAGCAAUAAAUGGUAUCACUACUUCAAUUAUGGAACGUCUUUUCUCUAAACGAUCAAAUCCAUCUCAUUAUGAUUCAUUGAUGCCAAAAAAAUUUCAUUCAACAACUCAAUCUGAUACAUGGAUGAAAAAUAUGGAAGAAAUUGAUCUGCGUUUUAGUUGUGCAUAUUGUAAAUUACUUUUGCGUGAACCGUAUCAACUUACCUGUGGUCAUCGUUUAUGUAAAUCAUGUGUACAUAUUCAUAAUAAGUGUGCAAUUUGUUUCGAAGUCAUAGAAAAAGAUAAAAUUUGGUUAGAUCGAGGUUUAGAAAUUGAAAUACGAAGUUUUUCAAAAACUUGUUCCCAAUGUGAAUGGAGAGGUCCAUUGACAUCUUUUAAGGAGCAUAUUGAAUACAAUCAUGGAGAUUCUAUAGUCUGUAGUUGUUGUAAACAACAAGUUGAUCGAAGUAAUUUGAGUCAACAUUACUUAUCUGAAACUCAUCAACGAAAUCUUCUUUCUCGUAUACGGUCAAUGGUUUUAACAGACAAUAAUAGUAGCAGACUUAAUAAUCAAAUUGUCAAUGGAUACUCGAUUUCAACAAAUGAUGCAAAUGUUUUAAAAAAUUAUUUAGAACACACCGAAAGGGACAUUUUACUUGUACAAAAUAACAUUGAACGUCUUAAAAAGCAAUCUUCUUUAUUCGAAACAGUACUUCAAGCAACCAUUAAUGAUAUUGCUAACGAAACAAUUAGUCGAAACUCAUUAACAAAAAAUAGUCAACUUUCUAAUGAUGGUUCGUUUAUUUGGCGUAUUACAAAUGUUAAAGAAAAGAGAAUGGAUGCUGCAUCUGAACGACAAAUGUCAAUAUAUUCUGAACCAUUUUAUUCAUCUCCAACAGGCUAUAAAAUGCGUUUACGAUUGUAUUUAAAUGGUGAUGGUAAUGCACGUGGUACACAUUUAUCAUUAUUUUUAGUAAUAAUGCGUAAUGAAUUUGAUGCUAUUAUUCAUUGGCCAUUCAAAUAUAAAAUCAUAUUUACUUUACUCAAUCAGUUACAAUCUGAUAGUCCAUCAAAAUAUUUUUGGCCUGAUGUAAACUUAGCAUCUUUUCAUCGUCCAACAACGGAUAUGAAUACUGCUUGUGGUAUUCCAAAGUUUUUUCCACUUGAUAUAUUUAAAAAAACAUAUGCUGAAUACGUUCAAAAUGAUACAAUGUUCGUCAAAGUUGAAGUGGAUUUUACUAGUGAAAGAUCAGAAUUAGUAUUCAUUCCUGGUGUUAAUGAAUUAGCAAAUGAUGAAAAACAUGCGGACACAAUUCAUGAAGACAUUUAUCGAAUGAUUUCAUUAAGCUAA